AUAACCCCACACCACUCUGUCUUCUUCUAUAAUUUUCUUGUCCGUUGCCAACUUUUCUUCCCUUUUCCUGGCCUCCUUAGUUAAAAAUUUGGAACUCAAUUCUCUAAUGUCUCUGCAACCAAUUCCAUAGCCUCUGCCGGUUAGGGGACACUGCAUGAUUUACGGAGCAAAAUAGAGAUUUCCCGCCAAUUCAGGGUUUGAAAUUUUAUUCAGUUAGUAGUACGGUCAUCACUACAGUGGGCUGAUAUGAUUGGGUCGGUUCUGAUAUCGAUGGAGCGGUGCUGUCAUAAAGAGAAUACUGUGCUGGGCUGCAGGGAUCAGAGAUCACUCGUGACCUCUGUUUCGUCGCCCAAGACUCCGUUGAGACACUCCGACGUCGAUUUUCACGACGUCUUCGGCGGUCCGCCGCGGCGGUUGUCGAAUCAGGUUACGCGAUACAGCUUCGGGGAAGGUACGGAACCAUCCGCGUUGAGAGGAGGUGAGGAUGGGGUUUCGGUCUGCAAUCCGUGGACUGGUCUCAGUGAGAAGCCUGUGUUUGGCGAAGACGGUGGUAAUCGGCGGCGGUACCACAGCGAGGACUUCUUCGACGAUAUCUUUAGAGGCGACAACUCUGUGAAUACCAGUCCAAGAGGGCACGAUCUGGAUCCGUUUUCUUCUUCUCCGGGUUCGCGGGUUCUGAGCCCCGCCCAGCCAUUGCCGCCGCCCCAAGCGGAGAUUUUCGGAAGCUCGUCUAAUCCUGCUCAAUUGAGCACCAGCCUCCCCUCAAAAGUGACCAGAGCAAUGGAUUUUCACUCACUUAGGGAACCCGGUGCUUCAAAUGGGACAAGCUAUCCAUAUUCUCCACCCUCGAGAUUUUCAAAUCAAACAAUCAAAGGUCAGGAUGGGCUGAAAAAUGACCCUUGGCCAUCUUAUCGCCAGAGUCGGUUAUCCCAUGAAUUUUCUCUUGCAGGUGACGAGUCACCAAAGCUGACCACAUCUAAUAGAGCAGACAUGGGAGACAACUUGGAAAAUGGUUCAAAUAGCUCCAAGGUUGAAAUCAAUACCAGCCAAUCCCACUUUUCUCUAUACAAAUGGGCAAGUAAAGGCGUACCAUUUGUAACCCCUCUUAGGAGACUAAACAGUUCAAGGACAAAAGUAAAGAGCAAGACUGAGAGAUGCUCAAGCACUAAUGGAAGGUUCCAAAGUGGGAGAAUGGUGAGUGAAUUACCCGAAGCAAUUCUGCAUGAUGUUGAAUAUCAUUAUACUGAUGAUACAUCAGCAAUUACCAAGUCCUUCAAGAUUGACCGUGAGAAGCAAAAAAAUGACACUCUUUUUACUAAAAUCACUCAAGACAGAUUAGAAGAGUGCCAAAUUGUUGAAGAGGUGGUUCUUGCUAUUCCCAAUCUGGAACCCCUGAAUAAAACUCAUAACAGAAUUGAAGAUGAUGCUGUAUUGUCCAAUACAAGAAAAGAAGGGAAACCUUAUUCUUUGUCUGAAACAGGUUUAUGUGGAAAAGCAGAGAAAGAAAUUUCUGUGCUUGCACAUGAAGUUAGCAACCCUGAGUUGAAAUCUCUACGUUCAUUGUUGCAUGAGACUGAUGAUGGACAAGGCACCGAUAAGGUAACUGGUAAGGAUGGAGGUAAAGAAAGCAUGCUAAAAACUACCAAAAAAUCAUCUGUAGAUGUUGUCCCUGAAAAUGCAAAGGAGCAGGAAAGAAAAGGAAUCGCUUCAGAUAGCGCAUUAGUGGACAAAGCUAGCUUUCAAUGUUCACCCAGAAAUUCAGGAGACAGUCUUGGGAGAAAUGGAGUCAAGGGAAAGGUCAGGGAAUUUGUUAAGAAACUCAACCAAGAAGCUUCUUCAAAACCCAUAACUGAUAGUGAACCUAGUGAUCCUCGAAGUCAGAGCUCUAGACGGAAAAAUGCUGGCUCUUUUAGAGCUGAGAAAGGAGCACACGUUAGUGCAACUGAAACGGAUGAACAAAUGCAUAUGGACAAUGCGAACAGGAAGAAAAUGGUACCAGAUGCUUCUAUCAUGGUAGAUGAAAAUCCUAAACAGCAGCAGAGACGAUAUUCUGGUUUAAAAACAGCCAUCCAUAAAUCUAGUGGUACUACUUAUGUCCAGAAGGAUAGCUUGGCAUCAGUAUCAAUACCUGAUGAUUCUGUGGCGGCACUUAGAGACAGACAGGAUUCCUUCCAAGGGAACUUUGUGAUAGAAGAAUUAUCUCAAGAGCAGAGCAAACAACCACAAAUUGAUGAAGAUCAUGAUGAAAUCCAAGUUUCAGAUGCUAAAAUUCGACAGUGGUUGAGUGGGAAGGAAGGAAACAUACGCUCACUUCUGUCAACUUUACAAUAUGUUCUAUGGCCUGAGAGUGGAUGGAAGCCUGUGCCUCUAGUCGAUAUAAUUGAAGGAAAUGCAGUAAAGAGAGCUUAUCAGAAAGCUUUACUUUGUCUACACCCAGACAAGCUACAGCAGAAGGGUGCUGCUGUGCAUCAAAAAUACAUUGCAGAAAAAGUUUUUGAUUCUUUGCAGGAGGCGUGGACUCAUUUCAAUUCUCUCGGUUCAUUUUGAUUGCUCGAGGCCUAGUUGCAAAUAGCCAUCAAUAAACGGGGACAAAGAUCAGAUGAUCAUCAACUGCAAGUCAUAAUGACUGGCUCUGUGAACCAGCCAAAAAUUUCAUCUAGGUACAUCAAAAAGGUUGGUCUAGUUAAACUUGCAUGAAAAUUCUCAUACUGGUGCUUGGUGCAUAACAGUAAUAAAUGGGUUGUUACAAUUUGAGUGACUAGGAACCUUGGAUCACUGUAUAUUGUUUAAUUUUAUGUAAGAUAUGACUUAUAUGAGAGUGCUAUGGAGAGGGACUUAUACAUUGCGAUCUGUUUUAUCAUCAAUAAUAAUAAAGUAGCUCCUCAUGAAGAACACUUUAUCCGAUUCAAA